UCGCACAAGAAGGCGGAGACUCGCCUAGUGGCGAUUGGCCGCCUGGCUGGCCCUCCCUUUAUAAUUCCCACUCGUGAGCAUGUAUGGGGCUUUAGUACACAGUCUCAGCAGCCUCCACGCACACGGUGCGCAGUGAUGAGCCAUCCCAAGGCCGGGGCGCACACCAAGCGGCACAAUUAGCGGCACAGCGCAGGGACUGUGACAGGCCUGCCCCUUAACCCCUGUGGCGGCCCCCAUCCUCAUGCCAUCCGCAGGGUCAGUGUGAGGACGGGCAUCCCCGGCUCCACCAAGCCCUCCGCCCGCUUCAUUCUCCCCGGGAGUCCCUUCCUUCUCUUUAAAGUUGGCUCCUCUCCCAGCAGCCGCCUUGGAUCCCUCGGCUUAUUGCGAGACUCCGGUGUACAACCCGGAUCUCUGCCCCAACAUGAUCGCGGCCCAGGCCAAGCUGGUCUACCACCUCAACAAGUACUACAACGAGAAGUGCCAGGCCAGGAAGGCGGCCAUCGCCAAGACCAUCCGCGAGGUGUGCAAAGUGGUGUCCGAUGUGCUCAAGGAGGUGGAGGUGCAGGAGCCCCGCUUCAUCAGCUCCCUCAACGAGAUGGAUAACCGCUACGAGGGGCUGGAGGUCAUCUCGCCCACCGAGUUCGAGGUGGUCCUCUAUCUCAACCAGAUGGGGGUCUUUAACUUUGUGGAUGACGGCUCCCUGCCGGGCUGCGCGGUGCUGAAGCUGAGUGACGGCCGGAAGAGGAGCAUGUCCCUCUGGGUGGAGUUUAUCACCGCCUCGGGCUACCUGUCAGCCCGCAAGAUCAGGUCCAGGUUCCAGACCCUGGUGGCCCAGGCCGUGGACAAGUGCAGUUACCGGGACGUGGUGAAGAUGGUGGCCGACACCAGCGAGGUGAAGCUGAGGAUCAGGGACCGGUACGUGGUGCAGAUCACUCCAGCCUUCAAGUGCACCGGCAUCUGGCCCCGCAGCGCUGCCCACUGGCCCCUGCCGCACAUCCCCUGGCCGGGGCCCAACAGGGUGGCAGAGGUCAAGGCCGAGGGCUUCAACCUGCUGUCCAAGGAGUGUCACACCCUGGCCGGGAAGCAGAGCUCGGCGGAGAGCGACGCCUGGGUGCUGCAGUUUGCGGAGGCCGAGAACAGGCUGCAGCUCGGCGGGUGCAGGAAGAAGUGCCUCUCCCUCCUCAAAACGCUGCGGGACCGACACCUGGAGCUGCCCGGCCAGCCCCUCAACAACUACCACAUGAAGACCCUGGUGUCCUACGAGUGCGAAAAACACCCCCGGGAGUCUGACUGGGACGAGUCCUGCCUGGGAGACCGGCUCAACGGCAUCCUGCUGCAGCUCAUCUCCUGCCUCCAGUGCCGCCGGUGCCCGCACUACUUCCUGCCCAACCUGGACCUCUUCCAGGGCAAGCCCCACUCCGCCCUGGAGAACGCGGCCAAGCAGACCUGGAGGCUGGCACGGGAGAUCCUCACCAACCCCAAGAGCCUGGAGAAGCUCUAAAGCCCCGCCGCUCACGGACACUCACCUGCUCGCCCGGAGCACCUGGAUACAAUGCCGCCGCCACAUACCGACAAGGAGUACAAGCCGCGCGUUAUGGCAGUGACACUUAACCCCUUCGCGGACAGGCAGGCAUACACAAGCUACUUAACAAGCGCUAAGCCUUGUAAGGCCCAGCUGGCGGCGAAUGGGUUAAAACAAUGAUCGCCAAUACGAAUAAUAAUAAUAACGAGGCUUACGAACUGGAUCCGAACAAAUGGGACUAACGGAGCCGAGAGAGACAAUUCACAAUUAAAACGGCAACUUUGGAGGAUACAAUUUACUGAAGUUGCUUUCGAUUAUUUACAAUCGAAAACAAAAUGAAGGCUGAAUAGGAUUUUUCUAUUCUGAAUUUAAAUUAGGAAAAACACCCACAAGCUUUGCUACCCUCGGUCUUUAACGGAGGACACCGUUUUUUUUUAUCGGUAACGAGUUAGUUAUUCGUUCACCGAAUCCUAUAAAAAAAAUAAAGGAAAAUGAAUCCAAUUUGCAUUUUUUUCCUCCUUAUUUGCGGAUCUUCGAGUUGUCCGGUUGGGGAUUAUCGCAUCAGUAUUUAUUCCGGUUUAUAACCGGGAUCCGAACAAAUAAUGUACAUUUCAUGUAUGAGAAUAUUGUGACUCGGUGUGUUUGAAAUAAAUUGUGGAUCUUAAUGUUUUGUGAUUUCCAUUUCCUUCUCGGAUCGACAGGACACUUUCUGCUAUGAAGACAUUUCGUUCUCUGUUAUUAUUUUCGGGACCGAACUGCGAAGUUUACAUUUUAUUUUGACCAGAAUGCUUGUUUUAUUCGUAACAUUCCAGAAAUAUACUUGAAAUGUUAUUUAAAUAUAUUCAAAUGAAAUUUGAAUUUCGCUUAUACUAUGGCGCUUCGAUAUUCGAAUUCUAUAUUUGAAAAGAAAUGCACUUGAAAUACACUGGAUAAUUACUUUUGUGAUUUAGAAUUGUUGCUGAUUUAAUUUAAAAAAUCCAAAAUAAUAAAUGCCAUGAAAAUA